AUGGCCAACUUCACUGCAUUCAUCACUCUUCUCGUCGGCAUCACCACCUUCUUCACCGACAACCUUCCUGGCGCCCGCUCCUUCACUUCUUGGGGUCAGAAACUCCUCGCUGCUCCGACCCAGACUCACUUUGAGUCUGUCACAAUCAUCACUCCGGUCACUUUCACGACCACUUUCACUACCACGGCCAUUCCGACUUUCACUUCAUCAAUCGCACCUCCCGGCAACGAGCUCGCCAUUGUCCACACCACUCUGCCUUCCGGAGAUAUCUGUUUCUUCGCAGCUCUCAAGGAGAUCAUCUGCGCCUUGUACGCGCUCCUUCACCUGCCAUCUGAUGCCGCCACUCUCAUCUCCGCCAUCUUCUUCGCAAGUCUUCUUCUGGCUCUCGUCGUCUGCUUCUUCGUCUCCUCUCCGCCCGCCAUGAAGCCAGAAGACCUCAUCCAUCUCGAGGCACAAGUCAACGAAAAGGACGAGCUCAUCCAAAAGCUUCGUACCUCCUAUGCCGCGGACCGCGCAGGCCUCCUCCGCAGGCUGCAGGUCCAGAGAGAUGAGGCAGACAAGCGCCUGUCCGCCGCCUCCACCCAGCACUACUCCGCCCUGGCCAAGAAGGAUCAGGAGAUCAGCACGCUUCGUCACGAUCUUGCCUUCGCCGACCUUCGUGAGGAGGGGGCCCGCUUGAAGGCCUCUGACGAGGUGAUCACGCUUCGCAAGGAACUUGGUCAACUCCGACGCGAGCGUGAUUGCCUUGAAAGAAGGCUGGAUGCUCAAGAAGAGCUUGUUGCUGGUGCCGAGGAGGCACAGGAGAAGGUCAAGGAAGCUGAAGAGCGCGCCACCGCCGCUGCUCAAGAAGCCCUUGAGGCCAACCAGAAGGUCGAGGCCGCCAAGAAGGCCCACAAGGAGUAUCUCGUUGGUGAGAGAGCUCGUGGCCAGGCCGCCGUCGACAAGGUCAAGGCCGAGGUCAAGGAGGUUUUGGCCCUGAAAAGGGUCGAAGAGUACAAGGUCCAGGCCCGGGAUCAGGACCUCAAAGCCCUGAAGUUGGAGAUGGAGAAGCUGAAGGCAGAAGUGGCAGUGGGGGCUGCUGCUUCUGUUCCGACGCCACCCAUCUUCACAUCCGGUUCCUCGGCCGCCACAGCACAGGCGAUGCGUGACAAGCUAGCUAACGUCCCUGUUGCUGUGGGUGCUUCUUUUGCUCCUGGCGUUGCUGGCCCCUCUGUUCCUGCUCCCGGGCCCUCCGCGCCUGCAGGAAAGGUCAGUUUGGGGCCGCGUCCUCCUCCUAAGGGCCCUUUUGCUCCAAAGCAGUGGGGUGUCAACAGCAAGCGUCGUGGAGCAUAG